UCAGACGUAAGCGUGCGCCCUUAGAAAUUGAAUUCCUGUCCGGAUUGCCCGUCUCGUCUACGAGCUGUAAAGUAAACUACUAGGCCCGUGCUCUUGUGCGCACACGCAACCGGGCUCGAAUUUGAAUACUGGCAGCAGGGUGACGCAUUGGAGAAAGGAAUUGUGUGCUGCGGAUGGAUCUCGUCGCCCAGGAACCGGCGAUGAUAGCUAGCUCUGGUCAACUCUUGCACAGGCUGUCGGCGCUCGGCACCAGCAGCAGGCAAUGGUUCCCUACAAAUAGUCAAAUACGGGCUCUCGCUGUCGCUGCCGCCGGCGACGUCUUGGUUCUUCCCCCCCGUGCCCAUUGCUCCGGCUGCUGCGACAAAGUUGGGAGCUUGGAGGGUACCGCACCUCACAUCGCACUCUUUCUCCCUCUUCUUCUUCUUCUUCUCGAAGACCGGCAUCACAAGGGCAUCGAUCCGUCCGUGGUGAUUCAAUUCGUAGAUUGGAGUAUAUAGGUGGUUUGGGCGCUUCUUCAUGCGACACGUCGGGUGUUAACCUUACCUUGAAGAAACUGAGGUUCUGGGUUUCUUGGUCUUCGAAUCGGAGCUUGUUUGCAUGGGGUGUGUGUCCUCCAAGCAGUUGAAGCGAGACAAAGGAUAUGAGGAUCCCAACAUCUUGGCGAAGGAGACUACUUUUUCUGUGAAUGAAGUGGAGGCCCUCUACCAGUUGUACAAGAAGAUAAGCCAUUCCAUAAUCAAAGACGGCCUUAUUCACAAGGAGUUCCAGCUUGCUCUCUUCAGAAACAGUAACAAGAAGAACCUUUUCGCCGAUCGGAUAUUUGAUCUGUUUGAUCUCAAGCGCAAUGGGGUGAUUGAAUUUGGGGAGUUUGUUCGGUCCCUCAACAUUUUCCACCCAGAUACACCAAUGGCAGAAAAGAUUGCUUUUGCAUUUCGUCUAUAUGAUCUGAGGAGUACCGGAUUCAUUGAACGCAAAGAUUUGAAGGAAAUGGUGCUUGCCAUUCUGAAUGAAUCAGAACUGAUUCUUUCUGACGAUGCUGUCGAACAAAUUGUCGAUCAGACAUUCAAGCAAGCAGACAUGAACGACGACGGGAAGAUAGACUUUGAAGAAUGGAAGGCUUUUGCAAGUAAAAACCCGGCUUUGCUGAAGAACAUGACGCUUCCAUACCUAAAGGACAUAACCAUGGCGUUCCCCAGCUUUGUUCUGAACUCUAGAGUUAGUGAUGAAGAGUUGUAGCACCCUGGCAAGCUCCCCCAUGCUCUUCCAUAUAUAUUUCUUAGUGUGCACAUUGCCAAGCUGUGAGGAAGGACACUGCUAGUUCAGGUGACUCAAGUUUCAGACAUACAGCGGCAACAAACCCCUGAAGAUGCAAGCACAGAUCUGUAAUUUGAAGGGUCGGAUUGUUUGGAAACAAAGAGCCCCACAUCCAAGGACAUCCCAUAAAUUAGUGCUGGAACAAACCAUAAGGUUGUUGUAACUUGUGAGCCGGUGGUUCUGUUGAGAGCAUGGUUGCAAGGGACAGAAUGAUGUCAGGCCUUCCUCUUUUGCUUUGUUCCAUGGGGCUGUAAACUGGUAUGUGAAGUGGUUAAUUAUUAACUGAUGAUGUAGCACCAGCUUGUAACUGUUAAGGGUAUAAUAGUCAAUGUACUUGUGUCUAGGGUUUGUGGUGUGUCUCAUGUAUAUAUAGCCCUUUGGACCUCUCUCUCAAUACAUACACAGUUCACUCUCUCUCU